AUGGAUAAGAAGAAAAACGGUCGAACGGAGGAGAUAAGAAUCCUGCAGCACAAUAUGCAACGAUCAAUAAACGUGCCCCACGUGGUUAGGUCGCAGAUGGAGCUAACGGGCGCAGAUAUCAUACUGAUGCAGGAGCCCUACACCAUGGAAUGCAACAUACCUGGAUUUGGGACGAGCGUCGCGAUCGUGUGUCGCGGAGAUACGAGCGCCCCACCCCUCGCGGCGGUGGGAAUCAGAGGAAACCAGAUCUCGGCUCUCGAAGUCGCGAGUUUGAGCACGAGACACUGCGCUUGUGUACAGAUAAACAAUGGAGACACCGAGGGCAAAAGGUUCAUUGUCGGUGCGGACGCCAACGCCAAGUCGCCCCUGUGGUUCAACACGGAGCUCGACGGACGCUGCGAGACCCGCGAUGUCCUCUUUGCCCAGCACGGUCUGUUGGUGCUGAACAGGCCGUGCGUCGUCACAACGUUUGAGACAACGCGAGGGAAAUCUAUCAUCGACGUGACGCUCGUCACUCCGGAAGCACUACCGCUCGUGCACGACUGGAAGGUGCACGAGGACGGAACCUCCAGCGACCACCGGAUACUGGAGACGCGACUUAACCUCAAGAAGAGGAAAGCACUGCCACCACCACUGCCACCACGCUACCACACCAGGAAGGCCAAGUGGGAAAAGUUCCUCAAGUUCAUCAUGGAAGAGAAGAGGAACCUGUCCGAAAUGGUAAUCAGGUGCCAAGAAGGAGGUACCAGGGGACCAAGGACCCCGCAACGAGGGAGCUGGAGAAACAGCGCUACCGCACAGCACGAAAAAGGUACACCAGAAUGGCGACGAACGCGAAGAUACAAAACUGGCGCCAGUUCGUCACCGAUGAAGGAAACAAAGAGCCCUGGCGCAUUGUCUACAAGACUGCCCUCGGGAAACUGA